AUAAUUUCUCUUUCUAUCUGCUCUUUACACCGAGUAACUGACAGAAGACGGGGAGUGUUUCGGUGAUGCUUGAAAAUACACUUGCGUCAAAUUACCGUAGCAGCCGGAUGUGAUGUGGCUCCAAAGGAGCAAGCCAAAGAUAAACACGUAGCCAGACGGAUAGGGGCGAGGAUAAUACAUGUUGUAAAGAGGCUACCUUGAAACGGUCGAAAUGGAGUAGCCGCGGAGAAUAUAUAGAUUUUAGUAGGCCAGGAGUCAUCCGUCAAGUUAACGAAGGAGCAAGUCUUCCGCAGACAUCGAGUCGUACAUCUGUAGCUGAGUCCGAGAUGGUGCGAGCAUUCUUGGUGACUGCCACCAGUCUGGCUCUGACUGGGGCCGUGGUGGCACACGCCUACCUCCUCAAACACCAGUUCUACCCGACUGUGGUCUACCUCACCAAGAGCAGCCCCAGCAUGGCGGUGUUGUACAUUCAGGCCUUCGUGUUGGUGUUCCUGCUGGGAAAGUUCAUGAGGAAGGUCUUUUUUGGACAGCUACGGGCUGCAGAAAUGGAGCAUCUCAUCGAGCGCUCCUGGUACGCUGUGACCGAGACGUGCCUGGCCUUCACUGUGUUCAGGGACGACUUCUCCCCUCGCUUUGUGGCCCUCUUCACACUCCUGCUCUUCCUCAAGUGCUUCCACUGGCUGGCUGAGGACCGGGUGGACUUUAUGGAACGGAGUCCAAACAUAUCUUGGAUCUUUCACUUCAGAGUGUUGUCUCUCAUGGGACUGCUGGCUAUCCUGGACUUCCUGUUUGUCAACCACGCCUGUCACAGCAUCAUCACCCGAGGAGCCUCAGUGCAGCUUGUUUUCGGAUUUGAGUAUGCCAUCCUGAUGACCAUGGUGCUGACGACCUUCAUCAAGUACCUUCUGCACACCGUCGACCUGCAGAGUGAGAAUCCCUGGGACAACAAGGCCGUCUACAUGCUCUACACCGAGCUCUUCACAGGUUUCAUCAAAGUGAUCCUGUACAUCGCCUUCAUGACCAUCAUGAUAAAGGUCCACACCUUCCCCCUGUUUGCCAUCCGGCCCAUGUAUCUGGCUAUGAGGCAGUUCAAGAAAGCCGUAACAGAUGCUAUAAUGUCUCGGAGAGCCAUCCGCAACAUGAACACACUAUACCCCGAUGCUACUCCUGAAGAUCUGCUGGCCUCUGACAACGUCUGCAUCAUCUGUCGAGAGGAAAUGGUGACGGGAGCCAAGAAACUGCCUUGUAAUCACAUUUUCCACUCCAGCUGCCUACGCUCCUGGUUCCAGAGGCAGCAGACCUGCCCGACCUGUCGCAUGGACGUCCUCCGCGCAUCCAACAACAAUCAGACUCCAGCCCCGGCCCAGGCCCCGCCCCCUGCACCCGCGGCCCCCGCCAACGCCCCCGCGGCCCCGCCCGCCAACGUGGCCCCAGGCAUGUUACCUGGCUUCCCCCCCGGCGUCUUCCCCUUCUGGGGUCCCUUCCCUGCGGUGCCUCCCCCUGCCGCAGCGGCUGCCGCUCCGGGUGCCAGCGAUGCGCCACAGAGCAGCGCGGAGGCGACACAGGCCGCCGGCUCCAGCCAGGCCACCUCGUCGACCGCAGAUGCCGCUGCAGCUCCAGGAUCAGCAAUCCCGGGUUUCCCCUUCUCCUUCCCGCCUCCUCCCUUCCCCACUGCGCCAUGGCUCAUGCCUCCCCCUCCUCCCUUCGUGUCGUCCAUGCCUCCUCCUCCCCCCUCUCUGUCCCGGCUGUCCGAGGAGGAGCUGAGGGACCUGGAGGCGGAGGGUCGGCGGGGCCUCGAGGCUCGGCUCCAGUGUCUCCAGAACAUCCACACCCUGCUGGACGCCGCCAUGCUCAACAUCCACCACUACCUCAGCACCGUCACCACGCUCGCUCCACCGAGGGCCGAGGGCGGCACCAGAGCAGCACCCGGCGGGACGAACGAUGCCACCGCUUCCCCUCCUGCAGCUGACGGCAGCGCGGAUAGCCCCAGCCAGGAGAAGGACUCUACCAGCACUUCCAGCACUGAGCAGCUGGACGGAGCCGCAGCCUCCCCUCAGCCAGCUGACUCUGCCUCCACCGCCUCGGACACGGAGCCAAAAGAAGAGCUGGACGACGGAGUGGCGGGCGCCGCCGGGGGGGUGGACGAGGACGGAGAGCCCAAUGCUGCCGAGCUGAGGCGCCGCCGCCUCCGUAAGCUGGAGACCUCGUCGUCGUCCUCACCCCCUCCUGACAACUGAUGCUGGUGCUCUGACUCGGGACACGUUGCUCUGGACCGGCAGGAACUCUGAGCUGAUAGAUGGUUGACUUUGGUUCUUCAUCGCCUCUCUUCCUCGUGGCUCUCGCCUCCCACAGGCUCAGGUUCCCGACCGUCGUCGAGUAGGACUCCGGCUACCGGGAGAUGCGAUGAUCGGUACUGCUUACCUGGACCGCUUCUGUGUCAGAAAGCAAUAGCACGACUCCUGUUAUUUUUUUUUAUUUCCCCCCCCUUCAGAAUGACUCCUGCAAUAAGAGUACUGCAGGUGUUUGUAGGUUUAAUCAGGUGGAGGAGGAAUUUCAAACCCAUUUAUCUGGUCGGUGUAAUGGAGACGAUGUUCGGAUGUGUUUGGUAGUUUUACUGUCGGUGAGGUCUUUGCCCACACUUUUGAUUUCAGUUUAAUUCAGUUUCCUUUUCGGCAUAAAAGGAGGUCAACAUGUUACACAGCACCUGGAUCGGUGUCUCAUCCAGAGAAUUCAAAUGGAGGGAAGUUGAUGAGCUGCUUUGGCUCUUUUUUUUUUUGUUCUUUAACCUUCAUCACUCUUCUGUCGCCACUGCAGUCGCUGUAUCCUACUGAUUGAUUUGAAUAUGUACAUACUGUAUAAAGAGUUUUAAUAGGAUGAUCUGUACAUAAUGCAGAAUAAACUGUUUGACUGAAAUGGCAGUGGCACAACAUGUACCCUGGUGUGUAUGUUCACAGACUAAUUCUAUAGAACACUUCUCUUCAGGUGUCUGAGCUUUUAAUGUUGCCUUUGAAUGAGAGAUUGGGCUGUAAAAUUAAAACUCAUCAUCACU